ACGGCUGUGAAUAUUGCACAACAUUUUCUGAGCUCACAUCGAGCGUGCGCAUGCUAACUUUCCCUGAGUGUUUCCCUUGAAAACUUUUAAUACGUUUAAUCAAGUAAAGGAACAAGAGAACGUGUUAACAGCGUCCUUUGAUCGCAGAAGUUACUACUUUUUCAUAUAUUUUAAAGAGUGACUUACGUUUUAUAAGACUGGGAUCUUCAAAACAGAAAUCAUUUUUGGGUCUACACCUGUGAGAGUUUCUUGGUUGCGAGCCUAAAGGGUUACAAUUUCCUUAGGAACUCAAGAAGAGUUCAAAAAAUUCUAUACAAAAUGGUUGCUCAAAAGAUCACCGUCUGCCCCUGUCGCGGAGACGUUGUUGGAAAUCAGUUCAACUCAAACAGCGAAAGACAUGGUUUUUUCGCAAACGAGUCUCAAGACUCAAAGUUUAUUGAAAGUGGUAGAGAUAGAUCGCUUAAAGUCCGAAAAGAAUCAACAGGUGAACGGCCUAAGCGGAGUAGUUACCGACCAAAGUACCGAGUCAACACCACCAUCACCAAUGGCCACGACCAGCUUUUCCGAGGAAUUUAUCAAAUCGGAACAAGAGUUCAAGAGCGAAAUGUUUCACGAGGAUUGCGAGUUCUUCCAAGAUCUUGUUCAAUGGUGCCCGCCUGUCGAGCAAGAAGCACUACAGUCCAUUGAUCUUAAAAUAAAUGAGGAGAGGACACUCAACACUGACACACAGCACACACAUUUCUCACCCCAGGGUUGGGAUGUUUUGGACGCAAGUAUGUCGGCCCAGGCUACAUACAAUCAGGGUUACAUCGACCCGUUGUCACCCAACAUCGACGACAUCAUAAACUUACCCACCAACCCCUACAACACACAAAACACAUACACUAAUAACAAAAUACCUUUUCAAGAACAAUUCUUAGACAUAAGCAAUUUGCCUGUGGUCAUAAAAGACAUUGCGUCCGAAAACAUAGUCAAUAAUAAUAUGGACCCGUGGCAAACCUCGGGGCCCGAUUGUCAGAACACGUACGACAUGAACUACACAAAUCACACACAACCAUUCAUCGACCAGGACGACUCCCUGGAUGCAAAACUCGUAACGGUCACUCCACAAGACGUGGAACCGAAUGACUUCUUCUUAACGGAGUAUGUCAUCAACGAGAUGGAUUCAGGGGGUCAUCACACACGGGAGAGUAAAGAGAGACUCGGGGGAGGGUUGUCCGUCAACGUGGCUGCGAGAUCACAACCUUGGCCUGGGGAUAUUAUUAGUACGCCCGAAGUACUUAGCUGCGUUGAACAAUUGGAAAAAGAAAAAUGUCCGUUGUUAAGCGUGCAGGAGAACUCACCAGUCCAAGAUGUUUCCGUCGAAAGCACGUCCAUAGUCAAUUCUCCUUCGGUCGAAUCUCCACCGUUUACACCAAAAAGUGAACAUCACAUCGAUACAGACGAGGAUGUGAAGAUCAAGAGGAAGAGGCGUCGUCUCACCAGCGAGGACUCCGACGAGUCUUAUACGCCGUACACAGAAGCGUCCCCUCGUAAAUACAAGAGAAGAAAGCCUAGCAUACCUAUACAGGACAUGAUACGCGUCCUAGAGGGCUCGCAGCAGCUCCCUAAGGCGCGUCGGGGGAGACCGCCCAAGAGGCGCGAGAGCACCGUGUCCACGGUCAGCGAGAACUCCUCCACCGUGUCCACACACGAAAUGAAAUAUAGAGAGUUGAGAGAUAAAAAUAACGAAGCAUCAAAGCGAUCGAGGAUGAACAGAAAGCUCAAAGAACUACAAAUGGAACAACUCGCCGACGAGUUGGAAGAGAGGAACAAAAAACUCAGAGUACGCGCGGAACUAUUAGAGGAUAUGACUAAAAAGCUUAGAGAGGCGUUCAUGUCCGCGGUAGCCCAAAAGAAAGGCAGUUAAAUAGAUCACGUUUUGGAAGAAGUGCAUUCGCUUUUUAAUAAAUCUUUGUUCAAAGAUUGGUGGCUAUGAACCAUCACGUAAUCUAUGAACGUAGGUGUAGCGAAAGCUUAUACCAUGACAAAUGCUCGAUGGCUUUGAUGCUUUGUUAUUAUCUCAUAUUAUUACUUAGGAUUUGU